CAACUUAAUACGUACGAGUCGGUAGGAGGUUUAAGGUCUGCGGGAGCUCAGCGGAGAAGGUCGCCGAGGGAACCGUCUGCAUGCGCUUAGCGGCAUCAAAGAUCAGCAAACAGUUUGUAAAACAAAAUCUUAUAUCUAAUUAGGUCAUCGCAGCCAUUGUCUAUAAAACAAAAUCGAUAAGUAUCAGCCAAAAUCAGGACGAUCGUAUUUUAAAGGAAAUGGAUGUUACCGAAAUGUCUUUCGCUUUACCUGCGGUUGUAUUCACGCUUCUCGCAAUUAUUGUAGUAAAUACGAUUUUCCGUAAGACGUCUGCGCCCGACUCACCUUCCCAAGCGAAGGAUGCUGCUGCUCGCGGGGAGCAAAAGCAGAGCGCAGACCCGAAGUCCGAGCCAGAAGUGGGGGUGAAUGAAUCCCGGGCGGUGCAUCGGACAGGAGACGAAAAGAGUGCCGAUGGGCUGAAAAUCGUCGGAGGAAAGACAAUGGGAGGAGAGGAGCAGACUGUGGAGAAAGCAGUCGCACCUGUCCCAACGGCUUCUGUGGUAGAGGACGUCGGAGUCGCAGGACAGCAGCGUAGAACAGAAUUUGUCAAUAUCCAGUUUCCCUCAUGUCAACGGGGUCUGCAACCAAGCAUCAAGGAAUGCAGUUCAAAACCCGUGUCUGAAGUCUGUGUACCGAAAUCAGUGCCUGGGCCUCAACCAACCGCUGUGAAGAUGGUCAGUUCCGGAUCGGUCCAGGAUACAGAGACCCGAAAACCUACCGAUGCGAACAAAACAACUUCUGACCUGCGGAGGGGCUUUGUUUCGGAUCCUACUGUUGAAAAGGGACCAGGCCAUAUGCAAGCCCCAGUGCCGGACCCAGAACUCGUGCCUGAAAGGGAGGUAGCCCUGGCCAUGCUGGAGGAGAAGCUGGCACAGUACAGCCCAGAGGAUGAGGAGGAUGAAGAUUUAGUGGCAGCAGGUGUGGAAAGUGAGGAGGAUUUGCCUCUGAAGUAUGCUCUCGGGAAGCUGAGAAGCAGCCAGCUGGAGGAGAUGAUGACCAAAGAGGAGCUGGAAGAGGAGCGGAGGAUAGAGUUCACAACUGAUUUUACUUCUCUUUAACCUACAAGGACAAGCAGUGUGUUUUAGAAAGCUCUUGAGCAGAAGAGUGAGAAGAAAUCAACCAAGAACCUUUUUUUGAGAACAUUUCACCUAAGAAGAACCUUGAGGACUUAAAAAAACCAAGCUCAGCCUUUUCAUUGAUCAUCUGACUAUAUUCUUUUAUUUUUUUUUAAUACUGCUUAUUGCAUUUUUCUUCUAUAUAGGUGUAUAAAGGUUAAGGGACAGUUUUAUACAUUGGUACUCAAAUGACAAGUAUUUUGCUUCUUUGUUAGGUAACUCUUCUUUUCCACAAAUAAUAUUAAGGUUCCUCUUCACAGGACACCAAAAGCAUCAGACACAUGUUUCAUUGUAUGUUAGGAGCAAGGUUCCAGCUCACACAGAAACAUUGUUACAAUAUUCUGGGCCCGUUCUCAGUAGUAAAUUAGCAAAAGGUUUUAGUGAUCUAUGUACCUGAAAUAUCUCACUUCAAAUUUGAGUCCUUUUUACUAUUUACUUAAAACUUGAGUCCCUUUUAUAAAAAAGAAAUGACAGAAAAACAAAUGUUUCGCUUUUGCAAAUACACAUUAAAAGUGGUUCUAUUAGCUUU